AAAAUGCAGGCCCUUGGCUCCAGGUCUGUACAUCUGAGUGAGUGGCAGAAGAACUACUUUGCAAUUACAUCUGGCACAUGUACAUCAGGACAGAAGGCAGAUGCAUACCGUGCACAGAUACUACGAAUUCAGUAUGCAUGGGCAAACUCUGAGAUCUCCCAGGCUUGUGCUACCAGACUCUUCAAGAAAUAUGCAGAGAAAUAUUCUGCAGUUAUUGAUUCUGACAAUGUUGAAACUGGUCUGAAUAACUAUGCAGAAAACAUUUUAACUUUAGCAAGAUUUCAGCAAACUGACAGUGACAAGUGGCAGUCUGGAUUGUCAAUAGAUAAUGUCUUCAAGAUGAGGAAUGUGCAGGAGAUGAUGCAAACUGGCAAAAAAGUCAAAGAUGCUAUGUUGGCACCUUCUGAUGCCUCAGUAGUGAUUCAUAAAGAGACUAUUGUCUUCGAUCUUCCUAAAUUUGGUGUGUGUAGUGCUUCUGGAGAGAGUGGUCCAUUAAAUAACUCAGCUCAUGGAACAGAAAAGACCCAAAACCUCCCAGAGAAAAGCCUUUUGAUUUGCCCUCAGAAUGCAUCUGUGGUGACUGACAUGCCUAAGUUGUGUCCUGCAUUCUCAACAUCUUUUGGUGAACCAGCUACAGCAAAAUUCUAUGCCACUCCAUUAUUUGGAAGUGUCAAAAAGGAAAAUAACAGCUCUCCUAAUGCCAACAUAGGACUAAAUAUGUUCUUAUCUAAUCAGUCUGGUUUUUCUUCAGAUUGUGAAAAUCUACAGGAAAGGAAAACUUUGUAUGGUUCUGGCAACAGUGAUGCAUUUCCCACCCCACUACAGAGUAAGGCUCUUUGUAAACCAACAGGUAAUGGCCAAAGGGAAGAGAACAGCUUGCCUUCUUUUAAAACUGCAAAAGAACAGUUGUGGGUAGAUCAGCAAAAAAAAUAUCACCAACCCCAGCGUGCAGGAGGGUCUUCAUACGGUGGUGUAAAAAAGUCUCUGGGAGCUAAUCGAUCCCGAGGAAUAUUUGGAAAGUUUGUUCCUCCUAUACCUAAGCAAGAUGGAGGAGACCAGACUGGAGGAAUGCAGUAUAAGCCUUAUGGCACAGUACCCACAGAACCAGCACAUCCAAUUGAUGAGCGUCUGAAGAACUUAGAGCCAAAGAUGAUUGAACUUAUUAUGAAUGAAAUUAUGGAUCAUGGACCUCCUGUAAAUUGGGCAGACAUCGCGGGAGUAGAAUUUGCCAAAGCCACUAUAAAAGAAAUAGUUGUGUGGCCCAUGAUGAGGCCAGAUAUCUUUACUGGUUUACGAGGUCCCCCUAAAGGAAUUCUGCUCUUUGGUCCUCCUGGGACUGGUAAGACUCUGAUAGGCAAGUGCAUUGCUAGUCAGUCAGGGGCGACAUUCUUUAGCAUUUCUGCUUCCUCCUUGACUUCUAAGUGGGUAGGUGAGGGAGAGAAAAUGGUCCGUGCAUUGUUUGCUGUUGCAAGGUGUCAUCAGCCAGCUGUAAUAUUUAUUGAUGAAAUUGAUUCACUGUUAUCUCAAAGGGGAGAUGGUGAGCAUGAAUCUUCUAGAAGGAUAAAAACCGAAUUUUUAAUUCAGUUAGAUGGAGCCACCACCUCUUCUGAAGAUCGUAUUCUGGUGGUGGGAGCAACCAAUCGGCCACAAGAAAUCGAUGAAGCUGCCAGGAGAAGAUUGGUGAAGAGGCUUUAUAUUCCCCUCCCAGAAGCUUCAGCCAGAAAGCAGAUAGUUCAUAAUCUGAUGUCCAAGGAACAGUGUUGCCUCAGGGACGAGGAGAUUGAGCUGGUUGUACAAAAGUCUGAUGGGUUCUCAGGAGCCGACAUGACACAGUUGUGUAGAGAAGCUUCUCUUGGUCCCAUUCGCAGUUUACAAACUGCUGACAUUGCCACUAUAAUGCCAGAUCAAGUUCGGCCAAUAACUUACACUGACUUUGAAAAUGCUUUUAGAUCUGUGCGACCUAGUGUGUCUUUAAAAGAUUUAGAGCUUUAUGAAAAUUGGAACAAAACUUUUGGUUGUGGAAAGUAAAUAGGACACUUGAAACUAAAAGAUAGUAUUUUUGUAGUACAAUCUUUUCCACUUUGUAGCAUAGAAAAUUAUUAAUUGUACUUUGUAUAUUCUGAAUUCUGUACCUCAA